AAACUGUAUCGUCUGAUGUAUCUUCCAUUGAACUCCUUGCGACCUCGACUCCGAUUGUUUGCCGGCGAAGAAAAGGCGGUUACGUCGUGGUUCGAGAACUUAAUUAGACUUUGCAACGUUGAAAUGGAAAUGCACAAAAACACCAACAGCAAGAAGAGUUCCAUACGGGCAGACGAGAUGACGCUUAAGGAACCUCAUAGGAAUGGCAGCACCUACGGAGCCUUUCAAUCGAAGGAUCCGAUUUUGGCGGUGGAAAAAGGAUCUGAAAUUGAAAGUGUACAUAACGAGCAUGGAAUUUCCGUUCACCAUCCGACCUCGUAUUUAGAAACAAUGAUGCACCUGUUCAAAGGUAACGUCGGGUCCGGUAUAUUUGCAUUAGGGGAUGCUUUCAAGCAUGCCGGACUAUUGCUGGCUCCACCGCUUACAAUCUUCCUUGGGGUUAUUUGUGUUCAUGCCCAACAUAUUCUGAUUAAGUGUAACGAAGAGGUGACGCGUCGUGUUGAUGAUGUGAGUGCCUCGACUGGAUUCGCUGGUACCGUAGAAUUGUGCUUUGCUACCGGGCCUCUUGCACUCCGAAAAUACUCCGUAUUUAUGAGACAAUUGGUUAAUGUAUUUUUAUGUAUCACGCAACUCGGAUUUUGCUGCGUUUAUUUCGUUUUCAUCGCCACCAAUAUGAAGCAGGUGUUGGACGUGUACGGGAUCGAGAUGGACGUUCAUCAACACAUGGCUGUGAUUCUGAUCCCCAUAAUGCUCAGCACGUGGAUCAGGAACCUGAAGUACCUGGUGCCGAUUUCCUCGAUGGCAAAUUUUCUGGUCACAGCGGGCUACAUCGCCACAAUGUAUAUAAUGUUCCACGAUUUGCCACCCGUUCAAGAGAGACGGUACAUAGCGGAUUGGCACGAUCUGCCUCUAUUCUUUGGCACUGUGAUAUAUUCUUUCGAGGGUAUCACUUUGGUUUUACCCCUGAAGAAUGAAAUGAAGAAACCGAGUAAUUUCAAUAAAUCGUUCGGUGUUCUGAACGUGGGAAUGGUUAUUGUAGGCGCGAUGUUCGUCGCGAUGGGUUUUAUAUCGUAUUUAAAAUAUGGCGAUGCAGUGGCUGGAUCUGUAACGUUAAAUCUCGAAUCCACUGAAGUGGUGGAUGGAAAAAUCAUCGUCACGCAUUCAAGCUUACCACAAUGCAUUAAAGUUGCCAUCUCGUUGAGUAUAUUACUCACGUAUGCAUUGCAAUUUUACGUUCCCAUUGCGAUCAUUUGGCCGAAGAUCGUCAAUCAAUUUGGCCCUUUCCAGUGGCCAGUUAUAGCAGAGACUGUUUUCCGUUCCGCGGUUUGUUUCCUCACAUUCAUCCUAGCCGAGGCGAUACCUCAACUGGGUCUGUUCAUAUCAUUGGUGGGCGCAGUGAGCAGCACCGCCCUCGCCCUGGUAUUUCCACCGAUCAUUGAGAUGGUUGUGUGUUGGCAGAACGCAUCUCUUAGUCCUUUCACGAUAUCAAAAGACAUCUUGAUAGUACUGAUCGGUCUCCUAGGCUUCGUUACAGGAACGUACGAGAGCCUUAACUCGAUCAUUCGGGCGUUUAGCACGUAAUUUAAAAUUAGUUCGUUGUAUAAAUCGUCGUUAUAAGUAUAAUUAGCAGAAGGCGCGGAAUUAAUGGAUCAUGACAUGAACGCGAACGUAUAGGCAAUGAUUGUUGAUGAUAAGAAAAAGCCGGGAUUCAUCGAAAUUUUGUAAAUUAUUGUUACUAUUAAUACUACUUUAUUAUUAUCGAUAAUAAUGUUAUUUAUUAGCCUAGCACCAUGUUGAGUUCAUGUAAAACGGAUCUUACAUCUUAAUUCUUGCUACGUAAUAUUUUCUGUAUUAUUUAGAACGAGGAAACUUAUCAUCUGUGAUUUGUUUUACUGUCGAUAAAAUGCUUAGGAUUCUGUAUAUGUACAAACAGGGUAAACAAAUCUCGAGUUUUUUGUUUUUUUUUUAGAAACGAUUCGCGGUUACCAAUUCGAACGAGAUCAGUAAGUUAUCGAUUAAAAAUAAUGUUACAUAUAGUGAUAUUUUAAUUGUCGUGUUAUUCACAGGAAUUUGCUAUUUAUUUUAUUUGUAAUUGUAAAUAAUUCUACUAAGUACUUGAAAGUAUAAUUAGUGGAAACAGUUAAAUAUGCUCAAAAAUAUAAUCACUGCUUAGAGUUUUGGCCAAUUUAACAUGAUAGUUAAAUUAUUAUAUAUUUUCAUUUUUAUGCUUUUAACACGUUGAGCGCUACUCGAAAGUUGUUCAAAGUUUUAUUAAAUAGUAUUUUUAUUAUCCACAAUUUCAUGUAUCUAAAAAAAUCCUAAUGAAUUCCUAUUCAAAACCAAGGGUCAUCCAAGUAUGGAUGGCACGGCAGUCAACGUGUUAAGGAUUUGGUAAUCGUGACCGGAAAUUCGAACUCGUACGUGAUGUAUCAUCGCCUAUAUUACAAAUUAUGGUAAUUGUUUGUGUCCUGAAUGCGACGUAAAGUUAGAUAUCUAUCAUAGUUUUGUAGGCUGUCCGAUUAGCUGUACGGAUUACACGUAGAAGUAAACGCUGACUGUUACUGCAAUUACCGUGAUAUACGUAGCUCAUAUGAAUUAACAAAGAGUUUUAAGAGAUGUAAAAAAAAAAAAAAA